AUGCCUUUUUAACGGCCCCGCGGCCGCGACGCCGCACAGUGCGGCACACGGCGGCACAUCGCACCGACAUGAGGUGCAUCCAUCCAGUCUGCGUCGCCUUGGUGGCGGCCGUCUUCGGCGCCCCCGCGGCCCUGGCCGGCGGCGGAAACACUCUUUUUACUACGACCAGUUUCUCUACUCUCUUCGGUAAUGCUAAAACUAAAUCUACCAAUGUUUUCGGGGGGUACGACGACAAGAAGAUCAUCGGAGGCGCGGUAACCGGCAUCAAGAACUUCCCUUUCAUGGCUAACAUUGCCAUCAUGGGCGGGAAGGGCGGGAAGGUCCUUAGCCAGCAGUGCGGGAGCAGCAUCCUGGACAAGAACCACGUCCUGACCGCCGCGCAUUGCUUCGAUAACCGGAAUCCCAAAGUCUACCAAGUGCGCGUGGGUUCGGACUUCUGGAGGUACAAGGGACAGACGGUCGGCAUAUCCAAGAUCAUGAUCCACCCCAAGUACAACAACAAGACCUUUGACUUCGACGUAGCGGUGGUCAGGCUCAAAAAGUCGCUCGUGAUGGGCAAGCUGGUGGCGCCCGUCAGCCUGGUGCCCAUGAACACGGCCAUCAAGGCGGACACGCCCAUCAACCUCAUCGGCUGGGGCUUCACCGACGCCCUGCACUCCAAGGCCACGUCGGGCGUGCUGCGCGCCGUCACCAUCAACACCAUCGCCGCAUCCGAGUGCUCGGACGACUACGAGGAGUACGAGAUGAGCAUCACUGCUCGGAUGUUUUGCGCCAUGGGCGAGGGCAAGGACUCGUGCCAGGGCGACUCCGGCGGCCCGGUGAUCGUCAAGAGGUCCGGCAAGCAGCAGGGCAUCAUCUCGUGGGGCAUGGGCUGCGCCCAGAUGGGCUCGCCCGGCGUCUUCGCCAACGUGGCCCACCCCGCCAUCCGCAAGUUCAUCGAUGCGUCGCUCAAGAAGUGAGGGGCGGUCCAAUCGGGAAGCAGUCCGCAGACAGACGCACGCAUCGGCUGGGACAGAACAGCGCCUCCGAAGGCAACCGAUGCUGCUGGAUUGGCUAUUCGUAAAGGUAUACGAUGAACAAUGAAGAGAAGGGCGACUGUCUUCACCGCCUUUGCCGUAAGCCACUGCGGUGCACAAUAAAGGACUUGGAGUGA